AUGGUAUUACUUAAACUGAAACGAUAUUUAUCGGAUCACGUUGUUAAAGUAAACUCAUGGUUACCCACGUGUUAUGGGCAUUUCGAAAAGCAGCUUUCGACGUUCUUGAUCGUUGUUUUACUUUCUUUGAGUUCUUCGUGCAUCAAUGGCCUUAUCCAUGAUGAGUUUCAAGAAGAGUACGGCUACGAUUUUCGCAGCUACCCUUCGUAUUUAAUUAGCCCCGUUGAACAAGCUAGGGUUAACAAGUACUUUGAUAAUUCUUCGGCGGUGGCAGCCAAGAUUAUUGAAGCCCGGUUUUCCGACUUCAACAACUUCUCGAGAAGAUCGCUUGCGGCUUCUGUUAAGACAGUUGAUGUACUUAGCUUUGGAGCUAAAGGUGAUGGAAGUACUGAUGAUUCUAAGGCAUUUGGGAAUGCAUGGAAAGAAGCAUGUUCAUCUUCACAAGAUGUAAAUUUUGUGGUACCAAAGAGCAAAACUUAUCUUCUCAAACCACUUAGAUUUACAGGCCCUUGCAAAUCCCACAUAACAAUGGAGAUUAAUGGAGCCAUCCUAGCAUCUGAUAAUCGUGCCGACUACAGUAAAGACAAUCGACACUGGCUUAUUUUCGACAGAGUCGAUAACCUAGUUGUUGAAGGUGGUGGCACUAUUAACGGCAAUGGGAAUAUCUGGUGGCAAAAUUCUUGCAAAAUUAAUAAAUCGAAGCCAUGCAAAAGUGCUCCAACGGCUUUGACCUUCUACAAGUGCACAAGCUUGGUAGUAAAGAAUCUGAAGAUCCAAAAUGCACAGCAAAUUCAUCUGUCUUUCGAAAAGUGCACAAACGUGCAAGCCUCGAAUCUUGUGGUGAAUGCUCCCGAAAAGAGCCCUAAUACCGACGGAAUCCACGUCACCGGCACUCAAAAUAUCCAAAUAUCUAGCUGCAUUAUAGGCACCGGCGACGACUGUAUUUCGAUUGUGAGUGGAUCGAAGAAAGUUCAAGCGACGGACAUUACAUGUGGACCUGGUCAUGGCAUCAGUAUUGGAAGCUUGGGUUCUGGAAAUUCCGAAGAAUAUGUCUCAGAUGUUGUCGUUAAUCGAGCAAAGCUUUCCGGUACCACCAAUGGAGUCAGAAUCAAGACUUGGCAGGGAGGAUCUGGAAGUGCAAGCAACAUCAAAUUCCAAAACAUAGAGAUGAAAAACGUGAAAAACCCGAUAAUCGUUGACCAAAACUACUGCGACCAAGACGGACCAUGCAAACAACAGGCCUCAGCUGUGCAAGUGAAAAAUGUCGUGUACCAAAACAUAAAGGGAACGAGCGCUUCCAAAGUAGCUAUCGAUUUCGACUGCAGUAAGAGCCAUCCUUGUCAGGGGAUUGUUCUACAAAAUGUGAACUUUGUAGGGGCAGAUGGUGCAAAAUCUAAAGCUGUUUGCAACAACGUUAAUCUACAGAAUUCAGGAACAGUCAUACCUCAAUGCCCUUAAAAU